ACCUCAGCUCUAAACUCCUUCCCUUCAAUUACUCGCCUCAACCAGCUAUACUACUUUCUUUCCCUCCUCUCCUUUUCUCUCGUUCAAUUCAAAUCUUCCAAGUCCCUUAAUUAUUGUUCUUCUCAUUCUCUGAAGCUAAUGGCGAUAUUUCAUGUGUCAUUUUCCAUUUUUACUGCAAUCACAUUCCUUCUAUUAAGUCUUCAGAGCUCAAAUGGAAGGAAACAUUUCUACAAGCAAAAGAAAAGUCAUAAAGAGAGUGGAAACUACAUCUCUCAGCCCCCUCAGCUCUCCCCUGCUGAUCCUCCAACAGCUAGUGAUAACUUCUAUAAUUCGAGUUCGGAGCCUUGUGUUUUUGAUGUGAGGUCUUUCGGGGCUGCUGGCGAUGGAUCCACCGAUGACACCCAAGCCUUUCGAGCGGCUUGGAAGGCUGCGUGUGCCGCUGAAUCCAGCAUACUUCUUGUGCCAUCAGAUGGCGACUUCAUGAUCACUUCGACAAUCUUUUCAGGGCCAUGCAAGCCCGGGUUUGUGUUUCAGGUGGAUGGAGUGCUGAUGCCCCCUGAUGGUCCUGACUGCUGGCCAGCAUCUGAUAGCAAGCGCCAGUGGCUUGUGUUCUAUAAACUCGAUGGGAUGACUCUGAGGGGAGAAGGAACCAUCGAAGGCAAUGGCGAAGAUUGGUGGAAUCUCCCAUGUAAACCUCACAGAGGGCCACUUGGUACUACAUUGCCUGGACCUUGCGAUAGCCCAGCGUUGAUUAGGUUCUUCAUGAGCAGUAAUCUCACUGUUAAGGACCUACGGAUCGAGAACAGCCCUCAAUUCCAUAUCAAAUUUGAUGGAGAGUUGGUGGAUGACCCCUUUUGUUGGAAUGCCUAUGGGAGCAUGGAGACACUAACAAUUCCACCUAUCUCUUGCUUGCAGGAAGGGGAGCCUCAGUCCGUCAAAGAGAACCUUGGAUUAGUUUGCUGAACUUAUUAGUGCUUCAGCUACAGCAAUUUAGAGACACAAUAACAUGGACAGAGCUCAAGACCCAUAUGGUCAACCCUUUAUUUUUUUCAUAUGUGUGACUAUUGUGGGGAUUUAGUCAUGCUUGGGAGCCCUCAUGGAGUUUGUUUUCAUGUAUUGAUUGGAAUAUAUUAUGUAUGGGCU